CGCUGGUGGCCGCAGCGCUCUCGGUUCUCCCGGGUCCAGAGAGGGUGAACCGAGACAGAGAAAGGGCGCGGAACGGGAAGAAGGUGAGUCUGCACGGUGUAUGCGAUAAAGGGAGGUGGCACCGCGGCACAAGGUUGAAUUAGGUAAAUGGACUCGUGCUGCUAUCUCUCCGGAGAUACCGUUAUCUUUGGGCUGGCGAGAGUCCGGUGAGGAGCCAUAGCCUGGUCCUUACACCAGUUCUCACCUCAGCACCGCGGCCAUCUCCACCAUGCAGUCUCGGGAAGACGCUCCGCGCUCUCGCCGCCUCUCCAGUCCCCGUGGUGGGAGGCGGCCCAAAAGGAUUCACAAGCCCACGGUUUCAGCUUUUUUCGCGGGCCCUGAGGAGCUGAAGGACACGGCCCAUUCUGCAGCCCUGCUGGCACAGCUCAAGUCCUUCUACGACGCGCGGCUGCUGUGUGAUGUGACCAUCGAGGUGGUGACGCCUGGCAGUGGGCCUGGCACGGGCCGCCUCUUCCCCUGCAACCGUAACGUGCUGGCUGCCGCGUGUCCCUACUUCAAGAGCAUGUUCACCGGCGGCAUGUACGAGAGCCAGCAGGCAAACGUGACCAUGCACGAUGUGGAUGCCGAGUCCUUCGAGGUGUUGGUCGAAUACUGCUACACGGGUCGCGUGUCGCUAAGCGAGUCCAACGUGCAGCGCCUUUAUGCAGCCUCGGACAUGUUACAGCUCGAGUACGUGCGGGAAGCCUGUGCCUCCUUCCUAGCCCGCCGCCUUGACCUGGCCAACUGCACCGCCAUUCUCAAGUUCGCCGACGCCUUCGACCAUCACAGGCUGCGCUCACAGGCCCAGUCCUUCAUCGCCCACAACUUCAAGCAGCUCAGCCGGAUGGGUUCGAUUCGGGAGGAGACCCUGGCAGAUCUGACUUUGGCCCAGCUGCUGGCCGUGCUGCGCCUGGAUAGUUUAAACAUCGAGAGUGAGCAAACGGUGUGUCACGUGGCGGUGCAGUGGUUGGAAGCGGCUCCCAAGGAGCGGGGUCCCAGCGCUGCGGAAGUCUUCAAGUGUGUCCGCUGGACACACUUCACUGAUGAAGAUCAGGAUUACCUGGAAGCGCUGCUAACCAAGCCCAUUGUGAAGAAGUACUGUCUGGACCUUAUUGAAGGGGCCCUGCAGAUGCGAUAUGGUGACAUACUGUACAAGUCUCUGGUGCCAAAGCCAGAGUGCAGCAGCAGCUCUGUUGUUUCUGCAGCAGAAAAUCCACCCCAGAGGCUGGGUGUGUGUGCCAAGGAGAUGGUGAUAUUCUUUGGACAUCCCAGAGAUCCCUUUCUCUGCUGUGACCCCUACUCCGGCAAUAUUUACAAAGUGCCGUCACCUUUGACCUGCCUUGCUCACACUAGGACUGUUACCACCUUAGCUGUCUGCGUCUCUCCAGACCAUGACAUCUAUCUAGCUGCCCAGCCCAGGAAAGACCUCUGGGUGUAUAAACCAGCCCAGAACAGUUGGCAGCAACUUGCAGAUCGCUUGCUCUGCCGUGAGGGCAUGGAUGUGGCAUACCUUAAUGGGUACAUUUACAUCUUGGGUGGGCGAGACCCUAUUACUGGAGUUAAAUUGAAGGAAGUGGAAUGCUACAGUGUUCAGAGAAACCAGUGGGCACUGGUGGCUCCACUACCCCAUUCUUUUAUCUCCUUUGACUUAAUGGUAAUUCAGAACUAUCUUUAUGCUCUCAACAGCAAGCGCAUGUUCUGCUAUGACCCUAGCCACAACAUGUGGCUGAAGUGUGUUUCUCUUAAGCGCCAUGACUUUCAGGAAGCCUGUGUCUUCAAUGACGAGAUCUACUGUAUCUGUGACAUCCCGGUCAUGAAGGUCUACAAUCCAGUCCGAGCAGAAUGGAGGCAGAUUAAUAAUAUCCCUUUGGUGUCAGAGACCAGCAACUAUCGGAUCAUCACUCAUGACGAAAAAUUGUUGCUGAUCACCUCUCGCACCCCACAGUGGAAAAAAAACCGGGUGACUGUGUAUGAAUAUGACAUUAGUGGGGACCAGUGGAUUAAUAUAGGUACCACAUUAGGCCUCUUCCAAUUUGAUUCUAACUUUUUUUGCCUCUCAGCUCGUGUUUAUCCUUCCUGCCUUGAACCUGGUCAGAGUUUCCUCACUGAGGAAGAAGAGAUACCGAGUGAAUCUAGUACUGAAUGGGAUUUGGGUGGAUUCAGUGAGCUGGAUUCUGAGUCAGGAAGUUCAAGUUCUUUAUCUGAUGAUGAUUUGUGGGUACAAGUAGCACCUCAGUGAAAUACACAGGAUCAGCAGGGUUUGUUGUACAUAGGUUGAAACAUUAAGGUGGUUUCACUGCUUUGGAAAGUAUCUUAAAGAAAUACCUGUUCCCUUUACUGUAGGAAAAGACAGUUGGUUGAUUUCAGGUUUGGUUUAGAAAGGGUUUUGUUUGAACUAAUGUAAUUUAAUGUUAGAGAAUUUGAGCACUCCAAAAACAACCUAUUUAAUAAUUUACUGUUCUAAAAGUCUAGUAUUGAUUUGUUCAGUAUGUUUGUUAGAUUAUGCUGAUUUAGUUUUCUACUGUUAAAUCUUACAUUCUGUUUAGUGCCACAAAUACAGUAACUUGAAUUUUAAUUUUCAUAAUAGAAAACUUAUUGGAUAGGAAUUACUAGAUAGGGUUUUGAAAGUAUAUUUUUCUUCAGAACAGUGUAGUAGAUUUCCAAAACUUUAGUGGGUUUUAACAAAGUGUGUUCUAACUUAAAUACAGUUUGCUAAGUUUUAGUUUAGUUUUCUCCCUUUUUGAGAAGGAAAAAAAAUGCAUAUAUGUUUAAUGUGACUGAAUGUUGAUUUCAUUUGAAAUACUGUUCAGAAUGGUCGUAAACUCACUGGUAAUAAUAAUAAUAAUAAUAAUAAUAAUAAACAGGAGUCUACUGUUUGAAAGGAAAUUUCAGUUUUAAAUUUGUAAUAUAAAAUGUGUAUUUGCAGAUAGUGACCAAUUUUCCAUCUGGAAAAUAUUCCAUUCUAGCAGUGCCACCAAUCAUCUACAAAGGUUAAAAAACCAAUUCAGUGACGUCCUUUGUAGCUUCAUAUUUUUUAUCUAUACUUGGUACAUGCUUCCUUGAAUCAGAGGAAUGAUCCUUUUUUUCACUGGACACAAUUGUGUAAAUUUUUGUCCAUUGUCUUAAAAAGUUUAUGUGAUUUUAAAAAUAUUUUGGCUGUAUAGUUUUGGUGUUCAUCCUAAAAGAUUUUUCAGCAAGAUGUGAUUAUUCUUUACUGUUUUGUGAGGUAAUACUGGUUUUUAAAAUAUGUAUAAGCUAAGAACAGUAUUUUAUUGAUUAGUAGUUAUUGUAUCUAUCAACUGUAAAAUCAAGGGCCAGCAGAGAACUUUAAAACUUUUAAGUAUAGAACUGUUUUGUGUAGCGUUGAGAUAUUCUGUCAGUUUUGUAAGUCACUAAAUGUUAUUAUCAUCUUAAAGGUAUUUUUGUAUUAAAAGUUUACAGUUAAAUAACACAAGUGGACGAUGGCAUUUGGGGCCAGUAGUAAAAGUAUAUUUCGUCUAAAAUAUUUCCCUAAGCAGUGCUACGUAUACAUGGUUGUUUUAUUAGGGUAUUUGUAUCUGCUCUGUGUUUCUCUGAACCAUGCUCCAGUCUAUGUUUCUGUUCGCGUAUGUAAGCGAAAGUCCAGAAAUAGAGACUAAAUCACGUAGCACUGACAUUUUUAAAUACAAGGAAAUAUAAAUGCUUACCACCUGAGGGUUUACUAGAUCUGGUCGUUGUUAUACAUGAUAAAUGACCAGAUGCUUAGAGUGUAUAAAAUUUUCUAUACCCUAUUAGAAUUACCUUCCUGAAUCUUCAUUCAAUCACAUGCUAAUUCUUCGUCUGUCUCUGUUUAUUCUCUGGUGACAGAACGCUGACAUUUCCUACCCCUGGCAGAGUGCUGAGGAGUCUGCUCUCAGGUGGGAAACUAAAUUUUUGAAUGAAAUACCAUAGGAUAGACAGAGAGAGGGGGAGACACAAAAGGUUUUUUU